AGUGCGGCACUUUCGCUCCCUUUGCCGAGCGCCUGAGCGUCGGACGACGCUCGUUGACGCUGAGGAGAAGCCUGAGCUGGAGCCUGGUACCGCUCGCCAUGCUGAGUUCCCAGGCAUCAGAAUCCGCGAACGUAUCGAUAUAUUACGGGAGCCGUUGAAGGUCAGUGUUUCUUUCCGCUGUAUCCGCCGUCGUCCGUGUCGUUCUCGGAUGCGUAGUCGCGGGGGUCGACGGCAGUAGAUAUUCGGAGGCGAUUGUCGAGGUGUCUGAGACGCUCGAGUUUGUUCUCUCCUUUCGGCGGUGACUUGCGGUCGGAGCAAUUAGCAGUCAAUUUUUCACGCUCUGAAGCUCACUGUCUUUUCGAUUUGGCUUUGAGCGCCGGAAUACGAACCACUCGAGAAUCCUCCGUUGGGAAGAACUCGACAGCAGCUUUGUUGUGUUCUCCACGGGAAUCUAUUGCUGUUGCGGCCGCCGAGAUGACGGAUUGUUCAGUGCCUAGUCCGCCUAGUGCCUGUUGGAGGUGAACGAGUACUUCACGCUUACUACAACCGUCGAUUUCUUCCCCCAGCAAGAGUUUUCUCCUAGAAGAACACCUGAUUGUCGUGAAAUUCUGAAGGUUUUUUUUAGCGCACUGCUUUCUCCCGCAGCUGGUAGAGCACUCACGUCGAAACAGUGGUGAAGUAACAGCGACUGCCGUACGGCCGAUCCAAGUUGGAAAUGUCCUUUUUGACAGACAUUUAUAAUUUUGAGGGUUACUUCUUCAGCUUUCGUUACUCCGAGUGUGCUCCUAGUUGUCAAGUUAAAACUUCCUCAUAUGCCCGUGGAAAGAACCUAAAAUCCCACAGCCAUAGUGGUGCAAUAUUUUGAAGCCUAUUUCGAUCCCCCGAAAGUCUCGACUGGUUUUUACGCCACUUUAAGGAGGCCUGAGAUCUAAGGGUAGUGAGGUACAACUCGGUAUCAGCAAAUCGCUCCCGCGAUUGAAGGAUGUUCAAUAAACUAUUUGGCAAACCGAAGGCGAAAAGCAAAGAUGGAAAGCCUAGCGUCAAGACUGUGGCGACUGCAGUCUCAUCAAUGGAGAAAAUUGGAGAAAACCUUGACAUGCUCGAGAAGAAAGAGCAGAUUUUGCAGCGGAAAAUCGCAGCAGAGUUGCAGAAGGCUACGGAGUAUUCAAAAGCGAAGAACAAGAGAGCUGCGAUAAAUUGCCUGAAGAAGAAAAAGCUAUUCGAAGCUCAAGCUGAGCAGCUCGCUGCAUACCAACUCCGGCUGCAUGAUCAGAUGAUUUUGCUAGAAGGUGCUAAAGCGACAACCGACACUGUCGAUGCCCUUCGUAGUGGUGCUGUUGCGAUGAAGGCAAUUCAGAAGCAAACCAAUAUAAUCGACGUCGACAGAACUAUGGAGGAUAUAAGUGAGCAGCAGGACAACAUGAAACAGAUACAGGAUGCUUUAGCAGCACCAGUGGGAGUAGCCGCCGAUUUUGAUGAUGAUGAAUUGGAAGCAGAGCUCGAAGAAUUGGAAGGCACGGACUUGGAUGAACAACUUCAUGAAUCGAUGUCCAACGUCUCCGUCCAUCAACAGCCUUUUAUGUCGAGUCCGGAGGCUUCGAAUCCAGUUCCAACGCCUUCCGUCCGAACUCAACCUCAAAAGACCCCAGUCCACACCCGUUCAGAGGAUGAUGAGCUUGCGGCCUUACAAAAAGAAAUGGCCCUGUAAAAUUGAGAGUGAGUAAGAUCCUCCCAUUCUUACUGCAGUCAGCUCUUGCUCUCCGUGUUAAACAGUUUUAUCCUUUCACCUUAGAAGGAAGAGGAAAAGCUGCUUGCCUGUACAAUUUUGCUGUAAUUAUAGUCUAUAACGAGCGGGUCUAAAGGAAGAGUUAUUGCUCCGAAGGUUUCAUUAGCGAAGAGCAGUACUUGCUUCAACAGAGAGCUGGUGCACUAGGUGCCGUCUCGUUUAUCGAAUUGGUGAUUUUCGGCUGUGAGGUCUAGCCCAAUUUCGGGUUUCAAAGUCUCUUUAUGUGUAUAUUGAGAAAGUUGCAAAUAAAGCAUCCCUCUUGU